GGGGUUUCCUUGUCUUUGACUGGAGACCAACUCGCAGAGAGGCAGGCGGAUGAUAACAGCAUCCUUUGCUGUUAUUCAGCCAUCACACAUCUCAAUGAACUGCUCGCAAAGAAGCCACUGAUCGUGCCUACUGCUUUUUGCAGGGCAGAGAUACUGAUCAGUGUCUAAAAACUGCAUCUCUUUUUCACAUGAGAUUAUUUUUUCAUAGACUCCUUUUUUUUAUUUCAAGGUCUCUGUAGCCUCUCUUUCCACUAUGGUGCUGGGAAAGGUAAAGAGCUUCACAGUGAGCUACGACUGUCUCAAUGACAGCAAUGUUCCCGUCUUCUCCAGCGGGGACUGCGUCUCAGGGAGGGUGGUCAUCGAAGUGACGGGAGAAAUCCGCGUGAAAUCUCUCAAAAUCCACGCAAAAGGAUUUGCAAAAGUUCGUUGGACUGAGUCGAGAAACGCUGGAUCCAACACUGCCUACACGCAAAACUACACAGAAGAAGUGGAAUAUCUAAAUCACAAAGAUAUUUUAAUUGGACAUGAGAGAGACGACGACAACUCAGAAGAAGGUCUCACCACUAUCCAUUCAGGAAGACAUGAGUAUGCAUUCAGCCUCGAGCUUCCACAGACACCUCUGGCUACCUCUUUCGAAGGAAAGCAUGGCAGUGUGCGCUAUUGGGUGAAGGCAGAACUCCACAGACCAUGGCUCCUGCCCAUGAAGACCAAAAAAGAAUUUACAGUCUUUGAGCACAUUGACAUCAACACUCCAUUAUUGCUGUCACCACAGGCCGGCACAAAAGACAAGACACUUUGCUGUUGGUUCUGCACCUCAGGUCCUAUUUCCCUAAGUGCCAAAAUUGAAAGGAAGGGAUACACCCCAGGAGAGUCAAUCCAGAUCUUUGCUGAGAUUGAGAACUGCUCAUCCCGCAUGGUGGUGCCAAAGGCGGCCAUCUACCAAACCCAGACCUUCUAUGCCAAAGGGAAGAUGAAGGAGGUCAAGCAGCUGGUGGCCAACCUGCGGGGCGAGUCUCUGUCCUCGGGCAAAACAGAGACAUGGAGCGGCAAGAUGCUGAAGAUACCACCAGUCUCCCCCUCCAUCCUGGACUGCAGCAUCAUCAGAGUGGAGUACUCCCUCAUGGUAUAUGUGGACAUACCUGGGGCGAUUAACCUGUCCUUGAACCUGCCGCUGGUUAUUGGAACCAUCCCUCUCCAUCCCUUCGGCUCCCGUACCUCCAGUGUCAGCAGCCAGUGCAGCAUCAGCUGGCUGGGCAUGGGUCUGCCUGAGAGGCCUGAAGCUCCUCCAAGCUAUGCAGAGAUUGUGACCGAGGAGCAGAGGCAGACCAGCCUGGAUGUUCCAGCAGCCCGUGAGGAGCUGGAUGGACCUCUAUUCGCUUACAUUCAUGAGUUCCGCUUCCAGCCGCCUCCUCUGUACUCGGAGAUCGAUCCUAACCCUGAUCAUGCCAGCCGCACAGAGGAACGCAGGAUUGACGCCUGUCCAUCCCGCUGAAUGGUAUUCCUGAAAUUCCCCUGACUGACUCGGGGAACUCAAAGAAAACCUGUGUGCACGGCUCGGCUUUGUUUACUUUUCUCCAGCAACAACGCUCACGCAGCGCUGUUGACAUCAAGAGAAAAGUAUCCAACCAACCAACAAAAGACUCGGACAAACACUCACAGUUCAGUUGGGUUGGACAAACAUGUUCCUGCCUUCCCUCAGUGAGAGAAACAGGAGUCACUAGUUUGGUGCAUCACUUCUUUCCUGUGUUUGCUGACUGAGGGGCGGAUACAUGCAGACGAACACAUAUUCAGUCUGUAUGAAAUAACCCAUGUGCAGUGUGAGCUCUGGUGACAGUAUUGACACUGACAAGGAAGAAUCAGCCAGGCCCAACCACGCCAAGCUCUUCUUUAACCCCUGAUUCUUCUAUUUUCGUGGCACAUAAUGACAUGGCUCCUCACACAAAGGGCGGGACUGGUCAUGUCCAGACUUCAGCUGAAGCUUCUGAAGAAAAUGAGAUGAAGAGAGAAAAAACAUGUCGCCUAUAUGAAUGAAAGCAGUCUGCUGCAUCAGUCAACAACAGAGCCAAGACUCAGUCCUCCUGCCUCGUUUGGGAUUCUGUUUUGCACAUUUUAUUCUUUACUUGAGUUGUGUGGCUCUGUUUUAAUAUGCAGAAGAAAAAAAAAAUCACUAAACGUUUGGUUUCAGCCUUGUAAUGCGCCAGACUAAGAAGACUGCAAGCUUAACUUUAGAGACUUUCAUAUUUGAGUUACGCUGAGAACAGGAUCAGAUUUUUGAAAAAAAAAAAAAAAAAACAAUGAAAAGGACAAGAACAAUGCACUGAAUUUUCUUUAAGCUGUUUAAGAAUUUAAUUUCUCCUUAUGACAUUUCCUCAGUGACUUAUAACUAGACUGGACUUUUACAACUGCAGCACAUGAUCUCCAUCUGGAAGCUCUUUUUAGUUGUUGCCUCCUCGGCUUGGAUACAGGUGUGGCUUCCCUCCUCUUUUAGUUGAGUUCUGUUGUUUUGUUUUUGUACUUAGCUUCAAUCAUAGAAUAGCUUUGAAUCUUUUUUGUGUUGAGGUUGCUCUGGAUUUGGACUAGGAGGGUUGCAGACGUGCAUUUGCCACUUAAAAUUGUAACUGAGGAGAUACGAGUGAGUGUGCGUGUGUGUGUGAGUGUGUUUGUAACAGUGAGGGUGGUACGUUAGAGAGGGACUUGCCUAUUUACCUGCAGCCCCUCUACUCCUAAUCUCAGGGCAAGCCAGGCUUGCAUAACUGCCCAAAAAGCACUGUCUCAGGUGGUCUUCUUACUUGCCAAACGGUUUGAGAAAAAAAAAAGGAAAAAAAUAUUGUAUGUUUCCUUUAAAAUUGCACUGUUGGAGAAAAUGAGUUUUUUUUUUUUAAACUAACAAAUCGUGAGAAAAGACCAGCGGAAAAGCAAGGCAGCUUUCUGAGAUUGAUCACAUUCCCUUUUUGUCCUGCUGCACUCGCCCUGUUCAUCCAACCAACAGUUAGAAUUCACCAGACCAGUGAAGCCAGAAUGCUUUGAAAAAGGAAUGAAAUGAAAAAAGGAGAAACAACUCUGCUCCUGUGUCUUGUAAAAGGAGCAAACCCAGCUCUAACGAAAAGCUGGGGACUUUGUUAAACCUCUGUUGAGACUGGUCAGAACAAGUAGUAGUAGGUUGACAUGAGUAAUACAUUGGUUUUCUAACUCAUUCAACACAUACGACCAGCUGCAACAGAGGACUUGCAUAGUCAGCAUAAAAAAAGAAAAGCAGCACUUUUUUUGAUAAGAAAAUGAAACAAAAAAAAAACAUUCAAUGGUGAAGGUCUGGAUAUAAAAACAUUUAUACUAGAGGAUUCUUCUUGUGUAGGACGCUAAUCCGUUAUUUAAUUUUUUUUUAAGUUAGUGACUUUUUUAAGUUUACAUUUUAAAUAUAGCUGACACCAGUGUGUGUGUGUGUGUGUGUUAUGUGUGUGUUAUGUGUGUAUGCACGCUCCUAUCGAGAUCCAGCUGAAACUAAACAAACAGCUUCUGAAAUACUGCAGACUAGUAAAGUGAUCUUAUCUUAGUGGCCUUGACACAGAAAAGACCUGAUCAUGAGUCUUCAUUUUUCAGUGUCUAUGUUGACUCGUGUGUAUGUUUUUAGACCUUUCCAUGUUUUAUUCAAAAGGACAAAAAGGGAAGAGGAAAAAAAAAAAAAAGUCCUUUAGAAGCAAGUGUUGAAAAAUGACACCCAAGACAGGCCUCUCUCUGCUGAGCUGUUUGAACUAUUAUUGCGUUUACUUUGUAUUUCUGGGCAUUGAUAUAUUUUGCUUCCUAGUUUAACAAGUAACUGUUCCUGAGUUAGUCGCCCUCAGACCUGGGGGGUGGCAGCUGUUGAUCAGCAUCGCUCCUCCCUGAGACACGUAGACGAUAUGUGGUAGUAGACAAACCGCUUCUUCUUUCUAUCCUCUUCUUCUUUUUUUUUGUGCUAGGGUUUUUUUUUUUUUGGAUCGUAUCUUAGGGAAACUGAAUCAAGCUACACGGCAUUGAAUAAGCUUACUUUUUUUUCUUCAGGUUGGUUGAUUCCAUAGUCCAUGUGCUUGGCCCUGAUAGUAGUCCAGUGUCAAAACUAAGCUAAACUCCUGACUCUCAAAAAGGCAGGAACUGAAAUGUUCACAGAUAAAAGAACCUGGGCCUCAGGAUCUGAAACAUUUUAGAAACAAGGUGCAAUAUCAUUCACUGAAUUUUCUUUAUUCUCCAUUGAUAUGUUUGUUUUUAUCUCUUUGUCUGUCAGUCAUGACGAUGUAUAGAUAUUCUAUGAAUAUGUUCUGAAUGAUUUAACCUUUUCUCUAGUUCUUCCUUUUGAUUUGAAUAAACAUUUUGUUCAAAAGACCAA